AUGUCUCUCCUCGCCUGGUCCCGCGACUUGAAUCCCUCGUCUCUGGUAAGCAAGAGGUUUGCGCACCUGGCAAGGCUUGUCACACACUAUUGCUUGGAAUCGAGGAGUCAUGAUGUGGAGCAGGGGCUCAUCCGCUGGUUUGGCCACAACAAUCUUCGCCAGUUAUCCAUCCGGUUCCAGCAAGAUUGCACUCGCUGGCUGCACCAGAUCGGGAAGGGGCUCCACUCGGUGACCAUCUACGGAGGUCCGCAGCAAAAGUUCGAGGGCCUCUGGUUCAACAUCUCUGCGUGCCAGGAGCUCCGCUGUCUCCACGUCUACGUCACACAACUCGGCUCCACGCUCGGCAAUGCAGCCUUGCCGUCACCGCUGCUGCCUAAUCUCCUCUUCCUCACCUUUCACAUACCGGUCAACGUGAGUGUGCUGCAGCAGCUGCUCGAGCUCUGCCCUUCGCUUCUUGCAGCGAGAAUGAAUACAAUAGUGGUGAGCUCGCCCGGUACCUACGUGCUCAAGAGCCGCAGCCUCGACAGCUGCCAGUCGGAACACUGCGAGGGUGGUGGAGUGGACAACUUUACACUUGCCCUUGACACACCAAAGCUCCGGUGGAUGUUCUUCUUUGCUCCGCACAUCGAGUUACGGCCCACUACAUGCAACGUAGAGUGGAUCCGGGUGAGAGAGAGCAUGUGGAACAUCCAGGGGCUGGGUUACACCAGGCUCAAAAGGAUCAUCUUCCUCAAUCCGUUUAGCAGCCCCGCCCAAGUAAUGGACAAGGCAGCUUUGUGUAGAACGUCGAGCCUGAAGAAGUUCUACUUCUGCAUCUUUGACGAUGGCAUUCCACCCUGCUCUAUUGAUCUUGUGGCCCUGCUGGAGCCGUUCCAGGGGCUUGAGGAGUUCAUUGUCUCUUUCAUAAGUAUCAAGGUGAAGCUUUUGCUUUCUUGUUCCAGUGCCUCACGGUGUGUGUGACGAAAUGCAGCAACU